GGGUCGCGGGGGGUCCGGAGCCGAUCCCGGAAGCAAUGGGCACGAGGCAGGGAACAACCCAGGAUGGUAACUCCAAUUAGCCUCAGCAUGUUUUUGGACUGUGGGGGGAAACUGGAGUAACCCGGGUCCCAGAGGUGUGAGGCAAUAGUGCUAACCACUGCACCACCGUGCCGCCCCGAACAUGGGACAUUUGUUAAGUAAUCUGUAUAUUGCCUGUUUCAUGCUAAACAUAUUGUCUCGUAUUACUAUUUGCAUAGUAAGUUGUAUUUAUCUGCGACGUGUGACUCAAAUCAUCAUCAUGUUGCCCCUGUGACAAUAGUUCUUUACGCCACUUUGGCAUUAAAAAAAUAAAGGCGCGAUGGGAAGAUGUAUUUGCACUGCAGCGUAAAUGGCCGCAACGUUAGGUAAAAUGAUCCUUGCUGGCUGAACACAAGUAUGGUGUACGCAGACAUCCGGAUCACGAUUUGCACAUACAAAAACACGUUUCCGAUGUUAAGAUAAUGUAUCUGUGCCUGAGUUGAUGACUAUCAGUUCUAUAUUAGAUGGAUUAAUUCAGUCCACCUGCCACGACGGCCCGAUUCCUCGUGGAACAGCUUUUGGGUCCGCUCGCCGGCGACCGGAACGCGUUUAUCUCUAUCGGGAGUGGACUUGAACCCAGUCCAGUACUGGCGGGAGAUCCAGCGCUGGGAAGGAGCGCAGUUGUCAGCCGGAGCGCAGACGUGCAAGUCCAGAGGAAGCAAGGCAGACAGGAGAAGAGGAGGAGGAGGAGGAGGGCUGGUCGAGCAUAACCGCCUGCCUUCAGCACACGUUUAUCACUCAACGAGUUGCAAGCAUGGCCGGCGACAGCGAGACGCGCCUGGAGAAGCAGGGCAAAAACAGGAACGGGAUCCGGCAGCCGUUCCUCAUCGGCGUGGCCGGCGGCACUGCCAGCGGCAAGUCUUCUGUCUGUGGGAAGAUCAUGGAGCUGCUGGGACAGAAUGAGAUUGACCAUCACAAGCGCCAGGUGGUCAUCCUCAGCCAGGACAGCUUCUACCGGGUGCUGACUCCAGAGCAGAAGUCCAAGGCGCUGAAGGGCCAAUUCAACUUUGAUCAUCCAGAUGCUUUUGACAAUGAGCUGAUCAUCAAGACGCUAUGGGACAUAAUGGAGGGGAAGACCGUCCAGAUUCCAGUGUAUGACUUUGUCACUCAUUCCAGGAAGGAGGAGAGCGUGACGGUUUACCCGGCUGAUGUGGUACUCUUUGAGGGCAUCCUAAUGUUCUACUCGCAGGAGAUCAGAGACGUGUUUCAGAUGAAGUUGUUUGUGGACACGGACGCAGACACACGGCUGUCCCGUAGAGUGCUGAGGGACAUCAGCGAGCGUGGCCGUGACCUGGAGCAGGUCCUCGCACAGUACAUCACGUUUGUCAAGCCAGCCUUCGAGGAGUUCUGCCUGCCUACGAAGAAGUAUGCCGAUGUUAUCAUUCCUCGAGGAGCAGAUAACCUUGUCGCUAUAAACCUGAUUGUGCAGCACAUCCAGGACAUCCUCAACGGUGGGCUGACGAAGCGGCAGAACGGCUGCGUGAACGGCUUCAGCACGCCCCACAAGCGGCAGGCCUCCGAGUCUAGCAGCAGGCCGCACUGACCCCAGCCGGCCUCUCUGCAGCGAGCCAGCAAGAGAGAGAGAGAGACGGGGGUGGGGGCUACUUAGCUGUAUAUACUGCCAGUCAGCCACACUGUAUUUAAAGUGAGAAGAUGCAAAAACUGAAAAAGCCUUUAACUUUUCCCAUUUUUUUAAUUUUUGAGUUGAAUUACAUAUUUGGGGGGAGGCAUCUGUGUAGUAUGAUAGGUUAGUCACUACUUAAUUUUUUUUCCUUUUGUUUUAAUAGCCCCAACCAUGCCUUUUUACACUCCUUGAAGUGAAUAAAAUAGAGGAAGAAGGGGAGUCUAUUCGGGGCGGAGUUUGAGCCACUCCAAGCGUCUGGUUCGUGUUUUUCGUUUUUACAUCCUCUCCCACUCCUCUUUUUUCUCCUCUCUUGUUUUUGCUUUGUUAGGUUUGCUGUUGGGGGGGGGGGGGAAAUGCAGUUCCUCGUUGUUAGAGCCUGGGGUGAGCGGACAAUGUUAAUGACAUGAAGCUUUAGCCAGAACUCAGGACACCAGAGAAUAUUUAGAAACGUCUUAUGCACAAAUACCAAUGCAAUCCACAUCCCUCUCCCUCUGUGCCAUUUUUACUAGCAUUGAUGUGUCUGACUGGGCCUUGGUGAACAUUCCCCUGCGCUUCACCCAAAAUUCUGUGUUUCUGCUUUUGUAUGGAUAUGUGAAGGGCGGGCAGGGAUUGAAAAUGAUUGGUUGUGGCUGUUGCCGGCAAGUCUGAUGGUGUCAUGGCCAGUUCUGGUGACGUGGGGGGGAUCUGCUCCUGUGUUGUGUGUUGAGACUGCAGAAGAUCCUCUUGGCUUCAGACUAACAAAAAAAUGGCAAGGUAUGCUGCACUGCACUGGGAUGGUCGGUUCCGAUGCACGCUUUGAAUAAUGAUGAUUUCAGAAUGCUUAGUGGUCAGUGAGUUUUGGAACCAGUGGGGCAAAGGGUCUGAUUAGCCUGGAUCACUAGCGACUUGGGGCAACUGUGUCCGACAAAGCCUGUCAUAUCCAGCAGGUUCGGAAACAGACCUCCACUGUGUGGUCUAGUUUCCGAGUUUUUUUUGUUUAGUUUUUUUUUUUUCCCGCGUUGAUGGAUGAACCCGAAGAUGCUGUUUUGGAACCAGGCCGGUUUACAGCCUCACAGUCUCCCUGAGCUCCAGUAGCAUAGUAUUUACUCCGCAACAGCUUUAAAGUGUUCUUUGGUUCGGGAAGCACCUCCUGCUGUUGUAUGUUGGGACGUUAUCCAUGUCCUCACUUCUUGUGGGAUAUUCCCACAGUAGACGACGUAAUCUUGGAUCAAGACAGAUCACCAUUGGGAGCUACCCCUUAGAAAAUUCAAAAAGAAAAUUAAAAUAAACAUGUUUUUACGCCAAAACUUUGAAUAUCCGCUGUCUCUCUUUGCAGAUCGAUAUUUCAAGCAAAAUAUUUUCCCUUUAGUGAGGGAAGUUUGCCGCCUUUUCUCUGCCGCUAAGAAACAGGGUAGCUUAUUAAAAAGUGAAGCGGGCGGCUUUUAGUCAUUACUGUGGCUGUAUUUAUAUGAAGUGAUGUGCACACUUGCUGUUUUGUAAGAUAAAUGCAAACUAAAACUUGUAUAGAUUAGGUCUGGAGUAACUGAUGGGGGUCAGUGUUCAAUAAACUGGGUCUAAUUAUAGAGACCAUGAAAAUUCAGCCUUUUUGUGACCCAGUGUCUAAAUUGCUUUGUGUCCUUUUGUCCACAACUGAACAGUAUUAAUGUCAUUACUAAUGGAAAUCUGCUCAAUAUGGAGUAUUCCCAAUUAAACAGCUUGCCAGUUUGCCUCACACAUUACUUGUUUUACUGUUUGUUUCUCAUCCUUCUAAUGGUCCUAUGGCUCAUUAAAGGUGCGGAACUUCCCCCCCCCCCCAUCCACUUCCUCUGAGAAAUGUUCAUGGUUUUAUGUACCCCCAACAAAGAAAGCUGUGGCAUUUUUCAUGUUUACUACACCCAGUUUGGCUUUGGGUGGGGCGUGGUCUGCCCUGCGCAGCCGUCCCAUACAGGCUGGCGGAUUGUGGUGCGCUUAAGGAGCUGGACUUUUCUCUAACAGGUGACCCUGCUUUUCUGUCCUCGUUUAACUGUCCUUAAUUCUAGUAAGUUACCAAACUGGCACAACUGAUGCUUCAGGAAUGUGCCUACCAACCAAAUAAUGUGACAGUCUAUUAUUUUAUAUCCCUGUUCAUUCAGAAAUUAUCGCUGUCAGAUGACAUCCAUGGGGAAACGUUCUUUCAACUGACAGGGUAAAGGCAAGGUACUUGAGUGUCAUGGGACGCCUAGCUGGAUUGCUGAUGUGCAAUGUUCUUAUUUUUUCCCGCUACGUGUGUAUUGAUUCUGGGUCUGCGCACUAUGCAUGCGUGAUUUAUGUGGUGAUCCUCUGGGGUGAAUCGAGAAACAUGCAACGUGUGACUAAUUGUAAAAAAAGAGGGAAUGUUUUGUUCCCUCUACUCCUUGUACAAUUAUGUGGACAAUCCAGAAAUAGACUGCAACACCAGAGACGAUGCAUUAUGCCUUACAGAAUUAACCAGGUUUUGUGCAUUAUACUCUGAUAUCCUGACUCAACUGUUGUCCAUUUUGUCCUCAUUGUCCUGUUCAGUAAAUCUAUCAGUUUACUUACCUCCCACCUUUGUGACGGAAUAAAACACAUGGUGUCGGCUGAUUGAGAAACCCCAAGAUCCUGUACAUGAGAUGACCAGAACCAUCAACUGGAAAUACCUAAAAUGUGCUCUUCAAAGUUGUGUAUUUUGUCGUUUUCUUUCAAAAUGUGAAUCUGGUUCAUACAAUGUGAACACAGAACUAUUAAGGGUUUAUGGGAAAAUGUAAGCAUCUUAAAUUCCUGACUUACAUGCAGUAAUUUACUAUCAAUUCCAUUAUGUUACCGUUGGCAAUUAAGCGUUUUAUAACUCUCACGCUGUUAAAAAUUGAUCGAUAGAGUGACAGCGGAUUUAAUGGGCACAAGCUUCCUGUAGUUCGUUAAUAGCACGCCAGAAAAAGGCUUUAUCAGAACUUCAAGUAUCCCUUUGUGCCAGGAUUCGGGCAUGCAUCAUAUAUCACUAACAGUCUGCAAUGAUGAUGUACUGUCUUCUAAUAUUCUGCAGGUAUUGUGAGGUGCUAUUUUAUACAGCUGUAUGUUGUGUGUUAAUAUAUUGUAGCGAAGGGUGCCUUCACUGUGUGAAUUGCUGUGAGCGGUUCCCUGUGCGUUGGGAGACUGGGGGAAUUAUGCAAAAGAGGUGCAGUGGUUUGUAGGGGAAAAGGGAUUUCCGUGAAGGAAGCAGGUGUCAUGAAAGUGGGCCUGCAUUGGGAAACAGGGUACUGGCAUUUUUUUCUCUUGGUGUUAACUGGAUUUUUCAAUAAAGCAAUAUGUCUAAUA